AUGGAGUCCCAGCCGCCGCUGGCCGCCCUCUGCCUGCUGGCGGUGCUGGGCACUGCCACCACUGCUGGCCACGGAGCGUCCUCCUGGGUGGAACCAGGGCUCCAGGUGGAAUUGAACGGCACCAGCUCGCCGUGCCAGGGCCGCGUGGAGGUCUUUCUGGAGGGCCUGUGGCACACAGUGGACAGCCGGAGCUGGGGCUGGAGCCCGGGCCGCCCGUGGUUCCCCAGCAUGGCCGCCCCACUCUGUCGGCGUCUGGGCUGCAGGGAAGCCUUGCUCCUCGCCCCCAUCCCUUACUUCCGCAGCCUCCCCAGACCCCGGAACCACAUCACCUGCCACGGAAGGCUGGGCUCCUUCUCCCACUGCAACGCCAGCGAGGCCAGCCAGGGGGAGCCCCUGAGCCUGAUCUGCGUAGAGCCACUGAAGACGGCCCCUCCUUCCACAAGGUCUCUGCCCACAACCACCCCAGAGCCCACAGCUCCUCCCCGGCUGCACCUGGUGCCGGGGCGCGGGGGCCUGCGGUGUGCGGGUGUGGUGGAGUUCUACAGCGGCCGCCUGGGCGGGACCGUGGCCUAUGAGGACCAGGACAGCACCGAGGCCCUGGGGGACCGCAUCUGCCAGGCCCUCCAGUGUGGCUCCUUCCUGAAACACCUGCCGGAGCCCGAGGCAGCCGAGGCAGCCGGGACCCCGGCCCCAGAGGCGCGCAGGCCCUUGCCCAUCCGAUGGAAGGCCCAGAACGCCAGCUGUGCCUCCCUGGAGCAGUGCUUCCGAAGAGCCCAGCCCUGGGAGGCCGGCCGAGCCCUCGCCCUCGUCUGCUCUGAUUUCCAGCCCCAGGUGCAGAGCCGCCUGGUGGGGGGCCGCGGCGUGUGCGAGGGGUCCGUGGAGGUGCGCCAGGGCCAGGGCCGGCAGUGGGAAGCCCUGUGCCACAGCCCCUCGGCCAAGGGCGCGGCGCGGUGGGCGGAGGUGUGCCGGGAGCAGCAGUGCGGGCCCGUCAGCUCCUACCGGGCGCUGGAGGCCGGCGAGAAGGCCACGCGGGGGCUCGUCUGCCCCGGGGAGAGGCUGUCCCAGUGCCACCAGCUCCAGGAGCGGAGAGCCCACUGCAAGCGGGUGUUCGUCACGUGCCAGGACCCCAACCCGGCGGGCCUGGGCACCGGCACGGUGAUGAGCAUCGUCCUGGCCCUGGUGCUGCUGGCUGUGCUGCUGGUCACGUGCGGGCCCCUUGCCCACAAGAAGCUGAAGAAAUGCCGACAGAAGAAGCAGCGCCAGUGGAUUGGCCCGACGGGGCUGAACCAGAGCAUGUCCUUCCACCGCGAUCCCGGGACCACUGUCCGCCGGUCGCAGGUGGAGAACCCCGCCGCCUCGCACCUGGAGAACGAGUACAGCCAGCCUCCCAGGAGCUCCCAGCUCUCCGCGUACCCAGCUCUGGAGGGCGCCCUGCAUCGCGUGUCCGCCCAGCCCGAUAACUCCUCUGACAGCGACUACGACCUGCACGGGGCUCAGCGGCUGUGA